CCAACCAUCGCUCGUGGAGAUAAGGCUCUGUCCCGCCAUUGGGUUGUUAAUUACUACUUAUCGUACUCCGGCCGUGGCUAACCUGCGCCGUAACACCACCACCACAGCCAUCUCACCGGCCGCCGGCCGCCGGCCGACCUCCCCGAUGACCACGCAAGCAACGUGGACCAGGGAAGAGGACAAGGCGUUCGAGAACGCGCUAGCAGCUGCCGCACCACCGCCGCUGGAAGGCCUGCCGGAGGACGACUGGUUCGUUGCGCUCGCGGCGAGCGUGCCGGCGCGGUCGACGGAGGAGGUGCGGCUACACUACGAGGCGCUGGUAGAGGACGUCGGCGCCAUCGACGCAGGACGCGUCCCGCUCCCGCGCUACGCCGGGGAGGAGUCCGACGGUGCCGGCGCCGCUCCCAAGGAUGACGGUAGCGCGCACCGGCGUGAGGAUCGGAAGAACUACGAGUCGGGGAAGAACUGCUCCAAGGCGGAGCAGGAGAGGCGCAAGGGCAUCCCAUGGACAGAGGAAGAGCACAGAUUGUUUUUGCUGGGGCUGGACAAGUUUGGCAAGGGUGACUGGCGGAGCAUCUCGCGCAACUUCGUCAUCUCCCGGACGCCCACGCAGGUGGCGAGCCACGCGCAGAAGUACUUCAUCCGCCUCAACUCCAUGAACCGGGACAGGCGCCGCUCCAGCAUCCACGACAUCACCAGCAUCAACGCCGGCGAGGGCGUCCCGCAGCAAGGCCAGGCCACGAAGCACCCCGCAGCCGGGAUGGGCAUGUACGGCGGGGCGCCCAUGGGCCACCCCGUCGCUGGUCACCACAUGGUCCCCGCCGCCGCCGUGGGAACGCCGGUGAUGUUCCCGCCGGGGCACUCGCCCUACGUCAUGCCUGUUGGCUACCCGGCUCCCCAGGCGAAGAUGCAUCAGUAACCAUGCCAAUGCCACACUUACUCCACUUGCUUGGUGUUGCUUCUGCUCCGCAGCCCAAGAUGCAUCGCCAAAUGCCACACUUACACGAAGCAGAUCAACCGCCUGAAAUGAACGAUGUAUAGAAGCAUUUCUCCCUUGUUA